GAUGCCGCUGUCUGUGGUAGUAGUGCGCUGCAAGUAGUUCCGGACGGAGGGCGCGAACGCUAUAAAAGGCGCGACGCAGGGCUCAGCGGCCAUUGACGGACGGGGAGCGGUUACGGAUUUUUCUGUCGAUUCGAACACCCAUUUGCCGUACUAGCAUGCAGAUCUUUGUGAAAACCCUGACUGGCAAGACCAUCACUCUUGAGGUGGAGCCCAGUGACACAAUCGAGAAUGUCAAGGCCAAAAUACAGGAUAAAGAAGGGAUCCCACCUGAUCAGCAGCGUUUGAUCUUUGCUGGUAAACAGCUGGAAGAAGGGCGCACACUCUCUGACUACAACAUCCAGAAGGAGUCAACCCUGCACUUGGUGCUGCGUCUGAGAGGUGGCAUGCAGAUCUUUGUGAAGACCCUGACUGGCAAGACCAUCACUCUUGAGGUGGAGCCCAGUGACACAAUCGAGAAUGUCAAAGCCAAGAUUCAGGAUAAGGAGGGGAUCCCACCAGACCAACAGCGUUUGAUCUUUGCAGGCAAGCAACUGGAAGAUGGCCGUACCCUGUCUGACUACAACAUCCAGAAAGAAUCCACUCUGCACUUGGUGCUGCGUCUGAGGGGUGGCAUGCAGAUCUUUGUGAAGACCCUGACUGGCAAGACCAUCACUCUUGAAGUGGAGCCCAGUGACACCAUUGAAAAUGUCAAGGCCAAGAUUCAGGAUAAGGAGGGGAUCCCACCAGACCAACAGCGUUUGAUCUUCGCAGGCAAGCAACUGGAAGAUGGCCGUACCCUGUCUGACUACAAUAUCCAAAAGGAGUCGACCCUGCACUUGGUGCUGCGUCUGAGAGGUGGCAUGCAGAUCUUUGUGAAGACCUUGACAGGCAAAACAAUCACCCUUGAAGUGGAGCCCAGUGACACCAUUGAAAAUGUCAAGGCCAAGAUUCAGGAUAAGGAGGGGAUCCCACCAGACCAACAGCGUUUGAUCUUCGCAGGCAAGCAACUGGAAGAUGGCCGCACCCUGUCAGACUACAACAUCCAGAAAGAAUCUACUCUGCACUUAGUUCUUCGUUUGAGAGGUGGCAUGCAGAUCUUUGUGAAGACCCUGACAGGCAAAACAAUCACUCUUGAAGUGGAGCCCAGUGACACAAUUGAGAAUGUCAAAGCCAAGAUUCAGGAUAAGGAGGGGAUCCCACCUGAUCAACAGCGUUUGAUCUUUGCAGGCAAGCAACUGGAAGAUGGCCGUACCCUGUCUGACUACAACAUCCAGAAAGAAUCAACCCUGCACUUGGUGCUGCGUCUGAGGGGGGGCAAUUGUUAAACUGUUGUAAUUGGCUUUCCUUUUCUUUGUGGGUAGUGUUCUUGCCUCUAGCUUAAAUUUUUGAUUUGUGUCUUCCCAUGUCAUUCAAAAUAAAAUUGUUGCAAGCUUAUUGUAUGGUCACAUGUUCUUUGAAUCUUAAGAUAAUUAACAAAUGGAAGUGGGAUUGUAGUAAACUAACAAAACUUGAUUGUUUUGUAUGCCUUAAUGCAGCCAUCAUUGAAUUAAGAUUACAGUGGGAAGGUUGUAAGCAAGGGUGCUGUUUGAUGCCCAAUGCUCAAAGAUUUGAAGAGUUGCAAAUGAUUAAUUGUUCUGUCAUUGCAGUAGUAACAACCUGAUGGAUGUAAAUUUUCAGAUUACAGAUUCAGAGCAUGCGUUAGUUGGCUAGAAGCAAAUAAAGUUCAGACAAUCCUGUGAAAUAUUUCAUCUUUGAACUCCAAUGGAAAAACCUGCACCUGAUAAAUAAAAGCUGCAUAAUUCACAUGUAA